AUGUCUCAACCACAUCAUUUAUUCAUUCUGACAGAGUAUUUUGUUAAUCAAGAAAAGUAUUUCUAUUGGAUGCUAUUGCAUAUGUACGGAGUAUUAUGCGUUGGAAUGACUAUAAUGAUAGCAACAGGUACAAUGCUCAUCUCAUAUCUUCAACAUACUUGUGGAAUGUUUAAAAUUGCUAGUUAUCGUAUUAAACAUGCAAUAAAUAUUAAUACCAAAAAUAUUACGUCAGAAGAUAAAGUUUUCAUGAUCAAGAGUAUAAUUUGUGCUAUAGAUAUUCAUCGUCAAGCUAUGAAGUUAUCUAAGCAGUUAGUGUCCAUAUUCGAAAUAAUGAUACUUUCUUUCACUGUAGGAGUAGUUGUUUGCUUUAGCCUCAAUUUGUAUCAAGUAAGUUUCCAGUUUCGUAUAACA